AUGAGCUGGGAGUCGUAUGUGUUCCCGGUUGUCGGCUCGAUCUUCAUCUCGGCUCUCUCAUUCUCAUUGGGAAAAUUUGGGUAUUCUUUUGUCUGGAUUUUGAUCAUUUGUUCUAUGCACAUCGUCAAGAGUUAUCUAUGGAAACAAAGAGAACGCAGAUUGAUGUCACUACAAGCGACAGCAUUGCGAGAACGUGAAGUAAUCUAUGCACAACUACAAGAUCUUCCCGCUUGGGUGCAAUUUCCAGAUACCGAACGGGUGGAAUGGCUCAAUAAAGUUAUUCACCAAUUGUGGCCCUACAUUGGCGAGUAUGGGAAGGUGUUUCUAACAGAUGUCAUUCUACCACAGGUGAAAGCCCAGAUGCCAGCCGUAUUCAAAAAUUUCAAAUUCACAAAAAUGGACAUGGGCGAUAUUCCGUGUCGAGUCGGCGGAGUGAAGGUGUACACACAUAAUGUUGGUCGAGAUCGAAUCAUUGUCGACAUGGAAGUCGCUUAUGCGGGUGAUUCGGAUUUCGCGAUUUCUUGUUGUGGAUUCUCGGGUGGAAUGAAUCAAAUCCAGUUUUCCGGUAAAUUGAGGGCCGUUUUGAAGCCACUUCUGCCAUAUCCGCCAAUGAUUGGCGGGAUCAGUGCCUCGUUUCUUGAAAUGCCAAAAAUCGAUUUCAAUUUGACGGGAAUGGGCGAAUUCGUCGAAUUGCCUGGACUCAUGAAUGCGAUACGAUCGGUGCUGAACUCUCAAGUGGCAGCCUUUGCUGUGCUUCCGAAUGAAAUCGUUGUCCCACUCGCUCCAAAUGUCGAUGUCACUCGUUUAUUCUUCCCUGAACCGGAUGGUGUUGUCCGUUUGAAGAUUAUUGAGGCUAAAAAUCUUGAAAACCGUGACAUUUCCUUUAUCAAAAAAGGAAAGAGCGAUCCCUAUUGUGAAGUUCAAGUUGGCUCUCAGUAUUUCAAAACACGAACGAUUGACGAUGAUCUGAAUCCAGUGUUCAAUGAAUAUUUUGAAGCCGUCGUCGAUCAGGCCGAUGGUCAAAAAUUGAGAAUCGAAGUGUUCGACGAGGAUCGGGGACAGGAUGAAGAGUUGGGAAGGCUUUCCAUCAAUUUGGCUAACAUCCAGCAGAAAGGAACCGUUCAGAAGUGGUUCCCGCUCGAGGGCUGUAAACACGGCGAUCUUCACAUAAAAGCAACGUGGCUCAAUCUAUCAACAAAUAUCCAACAUUUAGAACAACAGGAAUGGGAAACAGAGUGGCUUCAAGCAAAUCGGCCAAUCCAUCCGGCUUUGUUGAUGGUUUACGUGGACUCAGUGGCCGAUCUACCGUACCCGAAAUCAAAGCUCGAGCCAUCUCCAUUUGUUGAAGUUAGCCUUGGCAAAGAAACACAAAGAACUCCAGUGAAGGUGAAAACGGUGAAUCCUCUUUAUCAAGUGAAAUUUUUCUUCUUCGUCAGACAUCCGGAAAAUCAAGAGCUGAAAUUUGAAGCAAUCGACGAUGGGACUCGAAAGUCACUCGGCACAAUGUCCAUUCCCUUACAAGCUCUCAUCAAAGAGCCAAACCUUGAGUUUUAUCAACAAACAUUGCAUUUGACUCAUGGAGUGCAUCAAUGUCCAAUGGUUGUCACUGUGAGAUUGCGGAUUCUAGUUGAAGCCACAAGAAAAGACUCAAUUCUAGGGAAUAAUGGUUUAUAUCCGGGAGAGAAAAAUAUGCACGAACUCGACGACGACACUUUAAAAGUCUAUGCAACGGGUUCACAUAUUGAAAGAGCCGAUCGUAAACUCGCGAAUGGAGACGCAUCAGCGGUGGAGCCGGCGAAAACUGUUAAUCCGAAAGCUGGCCCGCUUGAGGUCGAGGUGAAGAUGGACUCGACUCAAUUCCAUCUCAAUCACAGUGGAUCGAUCAAUUCGAUGGCGAGCACAAAAUCCCCAGGACACACCAGUUCUCGCGUCGGUCGACUAUUCAAGAGUCGACACGAAUUGGACAAAACUUUACCAUCGGAUGCUCCUCGAGGCGCUUUGGAGAUCUCAAUUCGAUACGCAGAUGCGGUGGGAAAGUUGAUUCUUGAAGUAACUCGUGCUCGAAAUCUACUUCCUGUCGACAAGCAAAACAAAACAGCUGAUCCAUAUGUGGUUUGUAAGUUAAUCAGCAUUGACUCAAAACGAGUGAUCGAAAAGCGAAAAACUGGCAUCUCGCACAACACGAUCGAUCCCGUUUUUGACAAUCAUUUUGAGUUUGAUAUGAACAAGUCCGAUAUGCACAACUAUCGGCUUUCAUUUGAGGUGAAAGACAGCCGCAACUAUGGGAUUGCCACGAAAAUUCCUGUACUGGGACAGGCCGAUAUUCGAUUAGAGAGAUUGGAUCGACACGAAUUAUCCCAACAAUGGAUCACAUUGGAAGCGACCAGAAAA